UUCAAUUAGUAGCUGAAUUAUAAAGAAAAUAGAGGCUACAAAAGAACAUAAAACAUUGUGAUCCAAAAAAAUAACAAUCUAAAGAAAUUACAGAGAAGGAUAAAUAUUAUUAAUUUUCUAAAGCUACAAACAAAUGAAGAACUUAAAAUAAGAUUUAAAAUAAUAUUACAUCUAGCAUUUUAGUCGUUAGCAAACAAUAUAUUUAAGAGGAUAAAUUUUAUCCUUGCUAUUGAUAAUUAUCAGCAAUGUUUAGUCUAUAUCUAUAUAGUUGACUAGCAAUCUUCUGGAUUUCUUAGAGACAAAUAAUAUAAGUUAAACAUAAGAUGUUUCAGCAGUAAAUAAUUAUGCCUAAAUUACUCACUAUUUUAGGAUUUAUCCUUUGCUUAAUAGCAUAUUCAGCAAAUGCUCUGAACACCAAAUUUUAUAUGCCUUUAUAAUAUUUGCUACCUCAUUAAACACUUAUAUUAUAAUAAAUUAAGUGCUUAGAUUUUUCUUAUUCAAAUAUUAGCUAAUAGACACGAAUUUUGCGAAGUUUUCUGAUGUCAUUAAUAGCUUCAUUCUUAAGAUUUAUGUUUAUAUUUUUUACUUUCCCUUUAAUACUGCGAGUUUUAAGAUUAUGUUUGAUAGCAGUUUAAGCUCUGCAGAAGUGGGUCUCGCUGCAUAUUGUUUGAUAUUAACCCUUUUCAUUAGCUUGAUGCAGAAUUUGCAUGAUUUUAGUUUCAGUUUUGUAUUAGAAGAUUAUAUGGCCUCAAUAGACACACACUCGAAAUAGCUCGAACUACUUCUAAAUCUAAUUUUAGUUAUUCUUUUUUCUUGCACUAAUAAUAUAAAUUAAAAUGUAAUCGCUGCAUUUCAUAUGAUAUUUGUUCUCAGUAAGAUAUCUCUUCAGUUAUACGAAUUAGUUUACUACGAUAAUUUGAUCAUUUAGACUAACUUAUUAUUUAAGUUUCUUCAUAUCUUUAAUUCUAUUACUUUUUGUCUUUCUUAUAAUCUUCCCCACAUAUUCAAUGGCACACAAUUGCUUUUUAUUAUGCUUACUCUAGUACCCUUUUCGUAUAUUCUUGCUAGAUUUCUUCUUUUCCACCGAAUCUCCUCACUUUCCCUAAAACAACCAGCUUACUCCAGUUUAUAGUAAAUAAAUUUACAUAUCAGAACAGCCUAUUUUAUGGUUAAACACCUUGAUAUGCACGACUAUUCUGAUUUAAAAAGAUCAGUCCUUUAUGAAAGUAUUUAUGAGAACCACUAUGAUACCUGCACAAGAAAUGACUGCUUUUGUGAAUAAAUGUAAAGAGAAAAAGGUUUCUCCUGGGAGGAACUUCAAGGAUACAAAUACAGAGAUAAAUUUAUAGGUUUAUAUUUUACUUAAAUGUACUCAGAAUACCUGAAUUAAGUUUAAAAAUCAAGAUCGUUAAAAAAAAGGGAAUAUAAUUAUGUGUGCUUUAAUUACCUCACAUUUCUAAUAGAAGUAGUUAACGUUCCCACAAGUGCGCUUGUAGAAGUGGUUUAGAUAGAAAAUUAGUAGAAAAAGCAAUCGUCUAUUAAAGACCAGAUGAUAUUCUAAUCUAUUUAUGAUCAUGGAGAAAAAAUAUUUUACAAUUUCUUUCAUAAUCCAACUAUAUACAACCAGAAGCUAUAAUUGAACAAGGUCAUUGAAUUUGACUAGCUAUUUCUAUCCACACAAAAAAACUUGAAAAAUUGUUUAUUAUUUUUGAGAGAAAUGUUGUUUACUCUAUGCCAAGAAUAUGUAGAUAUAAUUAAAUUAAAUAAGUAAGUUUGCAAGAUCUCAAAGCUUAAACUAGAAACCUACCUCUCAAUUAAAAAAAUGUAUCACUACCACCCUUACAGUAAAAGAUGCCAGUAACUGGCCUAUAUAUAUUCAGAAAGUUUGGACCUUUCUAAGAGAAAACCUAAUCACUAUUAAAAAUAAGCCAUUCUCAUGAGAAGAAAAUUUGCUAACGGAUACGGAAAUUUUGAUAGCAAUAUACAAAUAUUUUCCCAAGAUGCUUGUGUCGUUUACAUUUCAUUGCUUUAACCAAUAGGAAUCAUUAAAAAUGCGAGCUUUACAACAAGAUAAAUAUUUGGAUAUACACCUUCAGAAUUAAUAAACAAAAAUUGUAAUAUUUUGAUUCCAGAUCAACUCAAAUAGAUCCAUGAUAAUAUUUUGAAUAAAUUUGUGACAAGUGGUUAAUUAAAUGGAAUAAAUGCAGGAUAACUUCAAGUAUUUGGUAUUAAAUAAAAUGGUUUUGCCAUUCCUUUAAAUAUGAGACUGAAGCUUGAUUAAACUUAAGCAAAUGAUUUCGGAGCUAGUGCUUUUUUUACCUACUAAAAUAACCAAAGUUCUGAAUUUAUUAUUUUUUCAACUGGUGGAAAGCUAUGUAACAUGACUAGAAAAAUUUACUAUCAGCUUUUUUCUAAAAUAAUUCCUGAAAACACUCUAAAAUAAUCAUAAAAGUUAGAUUUAUUUAAGGUCUUGCCUAUUUUAGAUGUUUAUCUUUAGUAGCUUUUGAGCAAAGAUUAGAAUCUAAGUUUAGAACAUAAUUCAAUUUUAAUUAGUCCACAAAAUGAAAAAUCAUAUAAAAUUAUGACUUUUUCAAAUAAUUCUACUUUCAGCAGCAUUAACGAUUUUUUCAGCUUAGCUCAAAGACUGAAUUCUCAUGAUUACAAAUUUUACUCUAUAUCUUUUAGGGUAGGAAAACUUCAAACUUCCUACAAAAAUUUUGCUUUAGGGUUUGUUUAAAUAGAAAGAUUGUAGCUAAUGAGACACAAAUCAGAUAUUAAAGAACAUUUGAGGAGUCUCAGUAAAGAAAUUGAAAAAAUUAGAUAAUAUUUUGAAGUAGAAUAAGAUUUUUAAAACCAAAAUAGUACAAACAUUAAUGAAUUAAUGUAGUAGCAGCCUCCAAAAAUGCUGAAUUCUUUAGAUUUUCUAAUCCAUAAAUCGCAAAACAAUGAUAUUAAAACCAAGGUAAAGCAUUAAAAAUAAAGCUAAAUUUAAAGACACAGCUUUGUAUCACAUAAAUCAAUAUUUAACAACAAAGAAAAUUAAUAAAAUAAUGAAAAUAAUGGUAGUGAUGAAAAUCACAACGACGCAAUUAAUGUAACUAAACUUACUGAGUCUAACCAAAAUGAAAUUACUAUGGCUUAGUAUUAAAAUACUAACAGAAAGCUAAUAAAUAACCUUCAAGAAAAAUUACAUAUCAAUGUAGAUAUUAAAUCUGAUUAAUCUUUUGAUUAAAAUCUAAAUGCGAUCAGUACUCCAAUAAUGUCAACUAAGCAUUAGCAUAACUUUCCUCUUUUUGAAACCAAAGGCUUGAUGUCAAAUGAAGCAAUUUUUGAAGCUUAAGAAUAAGAAGAAAUACAAAUAGGUCACUCGGAUUUAUUCGAAUAUAUUUUCAACUCUAAGAGUGAUUAGGGAGAUUCGAUACAAGAUAGCUAAUAAAUAUAAGAAUUAAAUGAAAUAUAAAACUCCAAAGAAUAAAAAAAUAUAUUAUCAAAUUAAAUAAUUCCUAAUCAUAUUGAACAUAUUUUUAUAAAUAAUGUAAAAAAUAAUCGCAUUAAACAAGACUAGCAAACACUUUCAAAUACUCCUUAAGAGUAAAAUAGUGAGUUUUGGAAAUCAUAAUAGCAUACUAAUAAAUAAAGUAAAACUAUGAUUGGAACAAAAAAAGAGUCUAACCAUUAAUUCAAUCAAGCAAGUUCUGUUUCAAGUGGCAUGAGCGAAUAUCAUACACUUAAAUCUAUACUUUUAACAGCAGUGUCGAGAAAUCACUAAAGCAAAACUAUGAAACUUCUUUAUCUGACAGGAUUUUUCAAAAUAAGUGUUCUAAUCAUAUUCGUUAGUGUAUUAUAUAUUUUAUAAUACAAUGAAUUCUAACACACAAAAGUUCUUAAUUCUAAUCUAGUAAAAGGAUAUGAAAUUAUGAAUUCUUUUAUUUCUAUUAUUGCCCAUACAGAAUAUAUUAAAAUGUACAAUAAUUAAAUUAUUGAAAAUAAACUUACUGCUUAGGAAUAUUUAGUCGUGAAAGAUCAACCUUUAGUACUUUAAUAAUAAUUUAAAAAUUCAGUGGUUGAUUUUGAAAAUUAAGACUAAAAUACUCUAUAUGGUAAAUAUCUAAGAACUGAAUAUCAAUCUAUAAUAGUUUUUAAUUAGAGAAAUAUUUCAUCAACUCUUGUAUUAAAAAAAAUUUACAGUUUAGUCGCUAUGGCUCAAAAUCUGUACAUGUACUCCUAGAAAAUGACAGAAGUUUUUCUUCGCUAUAUACAUUACAAUUAAAAAGACAUCUUACACACAUUUUAAGAUAUAGCUGACUUAUAGGUGGAGGAAAUGAAUGAUCAAAUAAAUACGAUGAACUAAUUUUUAAUUACUUAAAUAGUGCUUUUGGAGAUUUUUACAUUUUUAAUGGCUUUUCAGGUCAUUCCAAUUUAUUAUUACAUACAAUACAAAAAAGAAUAAAUUUUGAAGCUGUUUUGCACUUUUUAGCCUAACUUACUCAAAGAAAGAAUUAGCUAGUGCGAAUAUUUUAUAAAUUAAGAUAUACUUCAAGGACAUGCAAGUUAGGUAGUAGUUAAUAAAGAAAAUAAUUAAAUGAAAAAGAGAACAACUUCUUCCACAAAUGACCUUUAAAAGAUGAAUAUUGCAUUGAUAUUUUUAGCAUCUUUGCUAUUUGGCUUUUUUUCACUCUAUCCUAUCACUAAUUUUGUUAUCACAGAUAAUUUUAUCAGCAAGUUUUAGUAUAGCUCUAAUGAGUUAGGUCAAAUUUACUCAUUUAGAGGUAAAGCUCCCAUUAUUUUAGCAUUUAAUUUCUUAAGAUAAACAGCUACUUACGAACAGCGUCCUUAAAAUCUUUUAAAUGGACUUGAUCAAUAGCUGGAUGAUACCUAUUCAUACAUAUAAACUACUACAAAUAAAAUCAUUACUUUACUCAAAGAUGAAUCAAAUUAAAACAAUAUUUAUGAUAAGGCACUUCAUUAAGAAAUUGUCGAAACAACUAUGAAUGAUAACAUCUGUCAGCCUCUUUAAAAAUAUUCUUCAACUUAUAUAGACGAGCAAAAUUAAAUUGAUUUAUCAGAUUGCUCUACAAUUUUAAAUGGUAUUUGGAACAAUGGAUACCUGUUAGGUUUACAAUCAAUGAUUAGCAUUUUAUUAGAUUUUAAGCAAAUGUACUAAGUUUCGUAAACAACAGAAAAUUUUAUAUCUUCUUUGGCUAGUCUUUAUAAGAAAGAUAAUGGGGCUUAGUUUAUUAAAAUGUAUCAAUACAUUAGAUUAGUCCCUUUGAUGAUUGGGAACUUUAUAAUAUCUGAAGCUAAUCGAUACUACGAUUAGUAUACUAAUUAUCUGCUUGGAAUAUUUAUUUUUGUAUUAAUAUUGGCUUCAAUUACUUUUCUAAUCCUGUGGAAUAAAUAUUACAAUUACUUAGCUAAUCAUAUCUACGAAACAAGAUAAAUCUAUGGUUUGUUUUCUUAUGAAUUCAUUCAUGAAAAUCCUUUCAUUUCCAACUAUGUAAAAAAAGAAUAUUCUUUAUGA